AAAUAAAAUUAAAAAAAAUAACAACUUAGAAGAUUGAUAAUCUAUAAUCUUAUUAUUAUCAAAUGAGAUGGUAGGUCCAAAACUCCAAAUUAUGAACUUAAGAGAUUAGAGAAGGUGAUUGAUCAUUUUUUUUUUAUGGUUAAGGUGAUUAAUCAUUGAUGCACACAUCCUUAACAAUAAAGAUCUCCAUAAUUUUUUUUUAAUCGUAAGAUAUUUCCAUGAUUUGUCAAUCAUAACCGAUCCCAGAAAGAUUAACCCUAAACAACGAAGACGACGGGACACGUGUAAGAAGAAUAACACUGUUACGCGAGUGUGAACUGAUCAACUGAAACUAACUCACUCACAGAACCGUUAUUUAUGGAGGGGAUUUUUUUUAAUUACGAACUCCAGUUCCGGGUUAGCCACAAACACUCCGUUCAAUUUCCCUUUUCGCCAAUAUAUUCGCAUUUAUAUACCUAAACCUCUUUCACACACUCCCUGUUUGCUCCCCUCUCCUGCCUCUCUCCUCCAUUGUUGUCCCUCCCAGAGCUCCGAUCAAAGAAGAGGAAAAUGAGCUCUCAGAUUUUCAGAUCCGCUUCCAGGGCCGCCAGGUCCCUUCUCUCCUUCGCUUCAAAGAACUCUCGCUUUUACUCCGAGGGGCGAGCUGCAGGAGCUGCCGCGGCGGUUUCGUUGAGCGGAAAGCUGCCGAUCGUCGUUUCGGCAUAUGGAAGGACUGGUUCUGCAAAUGCUCCGCAGUGGAUUUCUGGCGCACUUGCGAUUCCCAUGGCAGCUUACAUGCUCCAAGAACAGGAGGCCCGUGCUGCAGAGCUGGAGCGUACCUUCAUUGCUAUCAAGCCUGAUGGGGUGCAGAGAGGACUGAUUUCAGAAAUCAUUUCCAGAUUCGAGCGCAAAGGUUUCAAGCUUGUGGCAGUCAAGAUAGUGGUUCCUUCAAAGGGCUUUGCUCAAAAGCACUAUCAUGACCUGAAAGAGAGGCCAUUCUUCAACGGCCUUUGCGACUUCCUGAGCUCUGGUCCUGUUUUGGCCAUGGUGUGGGAAGGAGAAGGUGUGAUCAAGUAUGGCAGGAAGCUCAUUGGAGCCACAGAUCCUCAGAAAUCUGAACCCGGAACUAUUCGAGGUGACCUGGCUGUUGUUGUUGGAAGAAACAUCAUUCAUGGAAGUGAUGGCCCGGAAACCGCAAAGGACGAGAUCAAGUUGUGGUUCAAGCCUGAAGAACUGGUUAACUACACGAGCAAUGCCGAGAAGUGGAUCUACGGAAACAAUUGAUGACGACGAUGAUCAUUUCCACCCCUUUCUAUUGAAUUUUCUUUCUCCAGCUUUCUUCCAGGGAGAUUAGAAGAUGCCACACUAGAUUGUGGUUAGAAGCAGAGGAUUUGCUAGAAUAAAAAACUGUUACUUCAGCCUUUAGGAUCAAUAGUUUGUUUUUUAAUCAUAUGCGGUUUGAAUACUUCCCUUGAGAGUUAAGCAUUCAGGAAUAAGAAUCUGAAUCCGUCAUCAAUUGUUAUGUUCUUCAUACCCUCUACUUUGCCUUAUAUUUUGUAGAUCACCCUGUUGGUAAUUGGUUUUUGGUUAAUCGAUAACGAAACCGACAAGGACAAUAUAGAUUAAAUCGAUAA